ACGAUUGGAAAAAAUGAUCGGGGAGUUUGAUGAGUUUUUGAAGAAGCAGAGGAAUAGAUGAUUAACUCCUUUUGUGGGUUUUUGGCGAUAUUUCUAAUUCAGAAGUUAAAAAAAAUUGUAUUUUAGUAAGCUUGUUUUCAAUUUUUAAACACAAAACAUAUAGAUAAUUUCAAAGUCUCAGUGAUAACAGAAAUUCCUAUUUUUAUUUUUUUCAUCAUGGCUGUCCAGCAAAAACCAUUGCUCAUUAUUGGAUAUGUGCAUGAUACCGAUAGACUGCAUAGUAUGUCCCUUCCAAAAAAUUUCAAUGUGCGUGCCUUCAUUGAUACGCAUUCCAAUCAGUUCGAGAUUUAUUUCAAGGAACAUAAAAAUCAUAAGUUUUGGACUGCAACGAUAAUGACGGAACAUAAUGGGCAUCAACAAAAUUUUGAGCUUCCGCCGCCAAUAUUUGACUGGGGACAAACUUCAUCUUUUUUGCUCGGGUUGGAAAAGAUGAUCGAACAGUAUAACAGCCGUUAGAAA